GAUCAAAAUAGUAGAGCACUGUUUAUAAACACUGCGCUCAGGAUAAAACGUAGUUAUUAAUUGGCUAAGGAGCCUAAUGCUAUCCGGGAAGCAACCAUGGCGAAAUAUGUACUCGGCAUAGACAUAGGAACUACUUCAAUCAAGGUCGUGUUACUUGAUAUUAACUCCAAAACAGUAACGGAUAGCUUUUCUUUGCCAACUAAGGCAUAUAUCGUCAGCGACGAAACGCAUGCCAAAGUGCAGGACUCUGUACAAAUCAUAACGACUCUGAAUGAGUGCAUUGCCUCUCUGCCCAUAGACAAGCUCCAGAAUGUCAGUAGAAUUGGGGUGUCUGGACAAAUGCAUGGGGUUGUAUUCUGGAAAGCACAAACAGGCUGUAAUUGGUCAGGUGGAGACAGCUGCCACCUCUUCAGCCCUAGAGACACCAGUCAUCUAAUCACCUGGCAAGAUGGGCGCUGCAACAGUGAUUUCCUGUCUACUCUUCCAAACCCAGACUCACAUCUCAGCAUAGCCACAGGCUUUGGUUGUGCCACUAUCUUCUGGUACAUGAAAUACAGGCCGGGGUUCCUGUCUGACUUCAUGGUGGCAGGAACCAUCCAUGACUAUGUGGUGUCCAUGCUGUGUGGCUUGGAGAGCUGUGUCAUGACUGUCCAGAAUGCAGCCAGCUGGGGCUACUUCAACACUGCCACCAACCAGUGGAACAUAGACAUUCUGAAGGAUGCUGGCUUUCCUGUGCACCUGCUCCCUGAGUGUGUGCCGUCUGGCUGCAUGGCUGGUCAGACGUGCUGUGAGUGGCAUGGCGUCCCUGCCAGCACACCUGUAGGGGCAGCCCUGGGGGACUUCCAGUGUUCUGUCUACUCCAGCAUGACUGACAGGACAGAAGCAGUUCUCAAUAUAAGCACCUCAGCCCAGCUGACCUAUGCCAUGCCACUUGACUUCACUCCGCCAAAUAUCCCUGAUCCCACCUCUUCCAUCUCCUACUUCCCUUACUUUGAUGGCUCCUACUUGGCGGUGGCCGCAUCACUCAACGGAGGGAACGUGAUGGCCACUCUUGUAGGCAUGCUGAGUGGCUGGAUGAACGAGCUAGAGGUGGAAGUGAGCGACUCCAGCUUGUAUGAGAAGCUGAUCAGAUGUGCCCUUGGAGUGGACAGUAGUGACCUGAGGGUUAGUCCUACCAUCCUGGGGGAAAGACAUGACCCGCUCAGCCUGGGCCAGGUGUCCAACAUACACCCUUCCAACCUCUCCCUGGGCCACAUGACCAGAGCGGUGUGCCGCGGUGUUCUGGACAAUAUCACCUCCAUGAUGCACCCGGUCUUCCUGCUGGAGGCCGGAGUGCAAAGGAUCAAGGGCAGUGGGAGUGCCUUAUCCCGUAACGCAGUACUCAGACAGGAAGCAGAAAGGGCGUUUCCUCUGCCUGUGGAAUAUGGACAGGAUGUGGACUCAGCUGUGGGUGUGGCGAUAGUCUUUCAUGACAGAAUGUGAGUUAUGAUUCACACAGAGGGACUAUUUGUUUGCUUGCAUAUUUGAAUACUUGAAUUGUAUUUUUUCUGAAUGGCUAACAGAGACUAUUACAAUAAACAUCAUGCUUAUUUUACAUUCACGUGAUAUCCUCAGACAUGUUUAUUAAUGAAUACAAUUGGAAAUUCAUAGUGCAAUCUCCAAUCAAGAUGAUGUCUCACAUUUAUAGUGUGAACUAAAAGUUCAAUUAGGCCUAUAGUAAGUGGUAAUUGGUAAUGUAUAGUUAUCUACAGUAAAAAAAAGUACUUUAUUAAUGUUUGCAUUAGUGCACUUGAAAUUUCAACUAAAACAUUGUUCUGCUACUGCUAGCUUACAUAUCAGUGUUAAUAGUAAUAAUUACUUAUGGAAGAUAUUAGUAUUGAUAAUAACUGUUGUAAUGAUUCAAUUGUUAUGUUAUAAUGGCAUGUAAAUAAAUCCUAAAUCAUGUUGAUGCCUCUAA